UUAAAGGGCUAGAUGCCCAGCGGGAAACCAGACAACCCAAACAUUUGAACUUCUCUCUUUCUUCGUGGUGAAAUCUCAUUGCCAUUACCACAAAUCCAAACUUUCUCUUCAGUUUUCCUGGUAACCAAUCACACCAUAAGCCCUACCUCUCUACUUCAUCAUUCUGCCAUUCCUUUUCUACUCUUUCUAAUUGAGUCCCAAAUCCUAGGGUUAUCAACUUACAAUUGGAACCCUAAUACACUCUGCCAAAACCAAUUUGAAAAUGACUACCAGAGAAACUCCUCCAAACAAUAUCCACACUGUCCAGGCAGAGAGAGACCUAGGAGCGAACUGGGAGGUAGAUCUCGCUUCAAAGCUUGAAGAUUACCUGUUGAAGAUUUGCUCGGGUGAAAUUACGGCCGCCGAAGACUAUAACACUAACGCCUCUGUAAAUUUUGCUGAAGCUGCUUUGCUGCUUCAAGGUUCUGUUCAGGUGUAUAGCAGGAAGGUGGAGUAUUUAUAUAACCUGGUGUUGCAUGCUUUGGAAUUUAUUUCUCAAAAGAGGCAGGAGCAAUCAGAGGGCACAUCAGUUCAGCCUGACCAAAGUGGUUCCCAUGCAGUUUCUGAUGAAGAAAAUGAUCAAUUUUGGUGCUUAGAUGAUAUCCCUGUGGAAGCAAGGAAUUCCUUAGAUGAUUCAACUAGUAAAGAUGGUCCUUUCUAUCACUUUGUGAAACCACCAGCAAACCUUGUUGUCCUUGAAGGUGAUUGCUUGGAUACCAGCGGUGAUGCUGGAGAAUUAGAAUCAUACCUGUUAGCCACCAAUGAUCUCUAUAGGGAUUUUAUUCUUCUAGACCCAUGUGAUUCUGUGGCAGUGGAUGAUUUUUUGAUGGGAGAUGAAACUGGAAAAGUACCAAAUAGUAUUUAUAGGGGAAGCUCAACUCGCAAGAGCUUUCAGUCCCCCACAAGACGUUCAGGGGGAACUGCACGCAUAUCAUCACUUGGAAAGAACCUGGAUGAAAAUCUCACAAAACCUCCUAUGGCUUAUUGCAGUGUUGGAGUGAAUGACUGUAAUGUGGAGGAUGCUAACCUUGGAUUUGAUAUGGAGGAUGGAUAUUCAGAACCUGGGAACUUGGAGGAUUCAGAAGAUGAUGACGACAAUUAUGAUCCAUGGAAACCCUUAAAUCCCCAUGAACCUGGGAACCUAAAAGUCAAACCUUUUAGAAAAGUAAAACCUUACAGAAGGAAUGGUGUAAAUUCUGCCAAGCAGACCUUGAUGACUACUCUCUUUCCCCUUGCAAGGAUGCAUGGUACCAUCAAUCCUGAGCUCACAGAAAUAUGGAAAGCACGGCAUAAAGGAUAUGAAAGCAACUCCCAGUCUCCUCCUUUAUAUGAAAAGCUAAGGCAAUCCCUUAGUGACGGAUAUAAUAGCUCUAAUGUGACUUUUGAUAAUGCUGAGAAUGCAAAUGAAGGUAUUGAACACGAUGAUGGAAAUUCAUAUUUUGAGCAGCCUGAUGAUGAGAUGCCAGAAAGUAUGUAUAUGAAUGAAGAUUUACCUCAAAAUAAAAAGUUUGAUGAUAGCUCUAUUCAAUUUGAUGCCAAUAAAGCUUUUGGACAUGAAGAGCCGAGUUCUCAAACAAGCUUAGAAGAUCUUUGUCGCUUUCACCUAGAUGCUCUCCUUGCUGAUAUAGCUGAAACUGAAAAACAGACUGAAUUAGCUUCUCGAGUUUCAUCCUGGAAACAGAAAAUUGAGCACAAUUUGGAAGAACAGGACGCACGCCUUCCAUUUGAUAUUCAUGCCUAUGGUGAAAGAAUUAUUGACAAGUUAUCUCUUGAAGUUAACAAUGAUAAUGUAAUGUCCUUCGUUGAUAUUGUAAAAGGACAAGAAAAACAUGAUGUGGCUCGAAUGUUCUCUGCACUUCUUCAACUGGUGAAUAAUGGAGACGUUUAUUUGGAAAAAAGUGGAGCAAAUGGUGAGUCCAUUUGUUACACAGCAGUGAAUCCUUUUCAUAUUCGGCUACUCAAUCAGGACAAGAGAAGAAAGCAUAAUCAAUUUAAAUUACCAAAAAAGAGAGUUAAAUCGCCAAUGAUACAAGGAUACGAGAAGCGAUCAAGAGAUAAGUUUGGCCGACUAACAUCCCCACUCGUCAAUUCAUCAUCACAAGGUGAAUCAACAAUGCUGCCAUCACAAAAUAACUGCAAAACAUCUGUUAAGCUUGGGAAGGUCAGCGGUGUAAGGCGCACUCCUGAGAGUAAGAGGAGACGGAGAUCUCGAAUUGUUGAACCAAUAGACUUGCAUUCUACACGGUGACACAGAUGCUGUUAGCAAGUUUUCCUUUCAUCCUCCAUUGCUGGGGCAAUUCAACUUCUAUGCUGAAAGACUCGUAGAAUGUAAUAUCAAUCCACUUACCAUCAACUCCCAAGAUGUUUACGUUCUCAAUUUAGAAAGCAUUUCAUUGGGCAAUUAUUAGCGUCUUUGUAUUGGGCUUGUCUACAUGAAUCUGGAAGGGCUUUAUAUUAUGAGCUAUAGUUGCAGUCUUGUUGACUAACCGAAGACCUUCAGAGUAAUGGCUUCAUGAGCUUUUUU